AUGAACUCCCCACCACCAUUCCUCCUCUUCCUCCUCCUCAUCUCCGCCGUCCUCCUCCUCUCCACCUCCGCCACGUCAUCAUUUUCAUACCCAAAAAAGGCCCUCCCCACCAAAUCCGGCUACCUAAGCGUCAACUCCACCUCCGGCUCAGCCAUCUUCUACACAUACUACGAAUCCCAAACACUUCCCACAACCCCUCAAACCCCAAUCCUCAUAUGGCUCCAAGGCGGGCCGGGCUGCUCCUCCAUGCUCGCCAACUAUUUCGAGCUCGGCCCGUGGCUACUCAACCAAAACAUCUCCCUCCAGCCCAACCCGUAUUCCUGGAACAAAAUCUUCGGCCUCCUCUUUCUCGACAAUCCAAUCGGCACCGGAUUCAGCGUAGCCGCUUCCCCUCAAGAAAUCCCGAAAAACCAAAACGAUGUUGCCAAACACCUCCUUACGGCCAUCGACAAAUUCAUAUCCCUCCUCGACCCGAGUUCUCGGAACCGGCCGGUCUACAUCACCGGCGAGAGCUACGCCGGGAAGUAUCUCCCGGCCCUCGGAUAUCACAUCGUGACGAGAAAAAGGAGUUUCAAUUUCGCCGGCAUUGCCAUCGGGAACGGUUUAACCGAUCCCGAGACCCAAGUCAAAACUCAUGCCGAGAAUUGCUACAAUCUCGGGCUGAUCAACCGAGAACAAAUGAGUCGUUUGGAGGAAAUUCAGAACGAGACGGUUGGAUUCGUAAGGAGCCGGAGAUGGAACGAGGCGUCUAAUGCGAGGGCACGUGUUUUAGACACGUUGACCAAUAUGACGGGUUUGGCCACCCUGUACGAUUUCAGGAGGCUGAGCCGAUACCCGAACCGGGUUGUGGCUAUGUUUUUGAACGAUGCAGGGGUGAAGAGGGCGUUGGGGGCAAAACAGUCAAUUGAGUUCGAGCUGUGCAGUCCGGCCGUGGCGAGUGCGUUGCAUGACGACGUGAUGAAGAGCGUGCGGGGGAUGGUGGAGUUUUUGGUUAGAAAGGGGAUUAAGAUUUUGUUGUAUCAGGGGCAGUGUGAUUUGAGGGACGGCGUGUUUUCGACUCUGGCUUGGGUGGAGAAGAUGGAAUGGAAUGAGGUGGGUGAGUUCUUGAGGGCAGAAAGGGAAAUUUGGCGGGUCGACGGGAGUUUGGCGGGGUAUGUGCAGAGAUGGAAGGCUUUUAGCCAUGCUGUGGUGAUGAAUGCCGGUCACCUUGUGCCGACCGAUCAGCCGUUGAAUUCUCAGGUUCUGAUCCAGGAUUGGGUUUUGGGGAGGGGAAUGUUUAGUUGA